GACGCAAUACGCAGGGCCCUUCCGCGCUACAAGAACGUGAUGACGAAACACGUUCUCUCUUUGCCGCAUCUACUGCGAGAAUGAAGACCAUUCUCAGCAACCAGACUGUCGACAUUCCAGAAAAUGUCGACGUCACGCUGAAGGGACGCACAGUUAUUGUGAAGGGCCCCCGAGGAACCCUGCGGAGAGACUUCAAUCAUAUCAAUGUCGAGCUCAGUUUACUUGGGAAGAAAAAGAAGAGGCUUCGGGUUGACAAAUGGUGGGGAAAUAGAAAAGAGCUGGCUACAGUUCGCACUAUCUGUAGUCAUGUACAGAACAUGAUCAAGGGUGUUACACUGGGCUUCCGUUACAAGAUGAGGUCUGUGUAUGCUCACUUCCCCAUCAACGUUGUUAUUCAGGAGAGUGGAUCUCUGGUUGAAAUCCGAAAUUUCUUGGGUGAAAAAUAUAUCCGCAGGGUUCGGAUGAGGCCAGGUGUUGCCUGUUCAGUAUCUCAAGCCCAGAAAGAUGAGUUAAUUCUUGAAGGAAAUGACAUUGAACUUGUAUCAAAUUCAGCUGCUUUGAUUCAGCAAGCAACAACAGUUAAAAACAAGGAUAUAAGAAAAUUUUUGGAUGGUAUCUAUGUCUCUGAAAAAGGAACAGUUCAGCAGGCUGAUGAAUAAGAUCUUAAGAGUUGUGCAGCAAUGGAAACAACAAGAUGCCAGACCUAUUUGUGAUUUUAAAGAUGCAAUAAAAUUCAUCUGUUAAUUUCAGGCUUUUUUUUUUUAAUUAUUAUUUUAAAAACAUUCUCUGUUGUAACUAGGACUUAAUGGGUGACAUGGCUUGGAUUUG